CUUUUUAAUGGUGUCUUUGGACCAAUGAGGAGCAAUGAUUAUACCCCGCUCUGGGCGCGUAACAGAGGACUCGCGGCUUCCUGACACGUGACCCGUGAGUCGGGGCUGCCCCGCCCCACCCGCUGGCCCGGAGGUAGCGCCAUGGCCACGCUGCCAAUGGCGCGCUCCUCCUCUCAUCACGUGCAGCUUUGGCAGGCCCAGCGGCCUUUCGGAAGGUCAUGUGACAGUUGACGUUUCUGCAACGCUCCCCAAUGGUAGAGAAGAGCUGCCUCCACAGGACCGGGAAUUCGAUCCUUUCCACGAAUGAUAACCCGGCGGGGGCGGGGAUAGCCUAUCACGUGCUGCGGGACAGACCAGGGCGGGGCAGGCCGCUGGUUGCGGUGAGAGCCGGGCGCGCGGCGCGCAGGCGCCCUGGGGACCCGGUAGCGGCGGUGGCUGUGGCUGCGGCGACAGGAGCCGGACCCUUGGCCGAAGCUGAAGGCGGUGGUGACGGCCAUGGCGGCCGAUGGAGAGCGAUCCCCGCUGCUCUCCGAGCCUAUCGACGGUGGCGCCGGUGGCAACGGAUUAGCGGGGCCAGGCGGGAGUGGGACUGGGCCCGGGGGAGGCCUGACCCCCUCAGCACCACCCUACGGAGCCGGUAAACAUGUCCCACCCCAGGCAUUUCCCCCGUUCCCCGAGGGACACCCAGCCGUGUUGCCUGGGGAUGACCCACCCCCCUACUCACCUCUGACCAGCCCAGACAGUGGGAAUGCCCCCAUGAUCACCUGCCGAGUCUGCCAGUCUCUCAUCAACGUGGAAGGCAAGAUGCAUCAGCAUGUAGUCAAAUGUGGCGUCUGCAACGAAGCCACCCCAAUCAAGAAUGCACCCCCGGGGAAAAAAUAUGUUCGAUGCCCCUGUAACUGUCUCCUUAUCUGCAAAGUGACUUCGCAGCGAAUUGCCUGUCCUCGACCCUACUGCAAAAGAAUCAUUAAUCUGGGGCCUGUGCACCCAGGACCUCUAAGUCCAGAACCUCAACCCGUGGGUGUCAGGGUCAUCUGUGGACAUUGCAAGAACACUUUUCUGUGGACAGAGUUCACAGACCGAACCUUGGCCCGUUGUCCUCACUGCAGGAAAGUGUCAUCUAUUGGGCGCAGAUAUCCACGAAAGAGAUGUGUCUGCUGCUUCUUGCUUGGUUUACUCUUGGCAGUCACUGCCACUGGCCUUGCUUUUGGGACAUGGAAGCAAGCACGGCGAUAUGGAGGCAUCUAUGCAGCCUGGGCAUUUGCCAUCCUGUUGGCUGUUCUGUGUUUAGGGCGGGCCCUCUAUUGGGCCUGUAUGAAGGUCAGCCACCCUGUCCAGAACUUCUCCUGAGCCCCAGGAUGACCCACAGACUGUGCCUGGCCCCUCCCUGGUGGGGACAGUGACACUACAAAAGGGAGCCAGGACAAAAGGCUCCCUGGGCUUCUCUAAGAGGAGCCAAGCAGCUGCCUUCCUUUUCCCUGGGGAGUAGGAAGGAACCAGGCCCUCACCUAAGUUUGGAGGGGUAGAUAAGACUGCUGCAGGCCAUCUGCUUUCCUCCUAGGGUUGCUGUACUUAGGGUGAAGUAUAGGGGAAAUGUUGCUCCUAAACCUGGAUCUUACAAAGAUGGUUCUAGCCUUGUCCUUCCUGUAUGCUCCCUGAGCCAUUCCUGUCCCUCAUACAUUCCAGGGCAGGGUUGGGGUGGGUUGCCCUGGGGGUGCCCCUCCCUCUUGUGCACCGUUAGGACCUUGCUGCUAUUGCACUUCACCAGGGACUGGCUCUGGCCUCAGUCCCCUCAGUCUCCUCUCUCCCCAUUCCAUGUCCUGUGGGGGUGGGGCUAACCGCUGCUUUGUACAGAACCACAGGAACUGGUGUGUAUAUAACUAUUUAAUAUGGGGUAUGUUCCCCUAGUCCUGUGUUCCCCUUAAUUCCUCCUUCCAACCUUACCCCCCAGCAGUAGUAUUUCACUGGGCUACGUAGGGUUGCUGUGUUGGGGGAGGUUAAGGACUCAUCCUGUGCUUGUAAAUAAAUAAGGUCAUGACUCUG